AGUAAAAUAGUUUAAGCAAGUAAAACCAAAUCAAAUAUGCUUGAGCAACAAAUAAAGAAACUCUUAUAUGGCUUUUUGCAGGGUAUUAUUGAGGAUUUUUCUGAGAAUGACAUAGAGUUGAGCAAAUGGAAGGGGACUUUAGAGUUAAAAAAUCUAAAUAUUAAAAAAGAUUAUCUCACAGAUAUUGGAGUUAAAAUAGGGUUUCCUUUAGUUAAAGAGUCUGCUAUAAUUGAAAAACUUUAACUUUCUAUUCCUUGGACGAAAAUUAGGAGUGAACCAAUUGUAAUUAAAAUAAAAGGGAUAAAAGUUGUAUGUAGAACAAGCGGACAAUAUAAUUAAGAAUUCUUUGAAAAGAGAUUAAGUGCAAAAAAGUAUGAGCUUUUAUAAAAGCUAUUGAAGCAAAUAGAGCUAGAUAUUCUAAAAAGGAAAUCUGAAAAGUUUAAUAUUAAAGAAACGAAUUAGAAUUUAUAUGAUUAGGAUGAUGAAGACGAUGAUGAUUCUAAAAAAGAAGGAUAAUCCUAGUAAAAGGGAGAAAAUGAAGCAAAUUUUAUUAAAAAAAAAAUGAACAUUUAUAAGAAUUAUAUAGGAUAAGUAAAGGAUAUAAUUUUAUAGAAUAUUAGAAUUGAAGUAGAAGAUGUGGUUCUAAAGUUAUAAGAUGAAGGAAUAGCCACUCAACAUAAUUUUAUUUAGCUUGGAGUAGCUUUUGAGAAGCUUCUUAUAAGUCCUGCAAACAGCGAUUUUGAACCUGCAUUUAUAAAUCCUGAUUAAAUUAAAAAAGAAUAAAAAAAAUACUAAAUUUAUAAGCUAACAAAAUUUGAAGUAUUUGCUAAUUAAGAUUCAUUUUUAGAUUACUAGAAUCUAGAUUUCGACAAGCAGUAUAUACUUCACCCUGUGGAUAUAGAUAUUUAAAAGACUAGAAAUAAUAACAAGGAAGAGCUUCAGACAUUACCUUAAAAAUCAACUAAAGUUAUUAUCAGUUAAGUUAGAGUUGAAUUAUUUGAAAAGUAAUUCAAGCAUAUAAGAAAUUUAUUAAAAUACAAAAAUUGGAAUUGUGACAUGGGAUUAAAUCUUCAUCUUCGUCCUGAUUACAAUGAACAUGUUUUGGGAAAUGCAAAGAAAUGGCUUGAUUAUUUAUUUAAUUCUCUAAAAUUUAGAAUAGAAUUAAAAUAAGUAAAUAAAAUAAAAUUGACUCAAGCAAGAAAAGUUGUUACACAAAUCAAAGAAUAUAUUUCUGUGUACAAACAAAAGCUUGAAUUUGAGCUAGAACAGAAGAUGGCAGCUUAUAAAUUUGCUAAUUCAAAUCUAAACUAUAACGAAUUACAAAAAUAGCAAAAAGAUUUUACUGUUGAACACAAAAAAAUAGAUAUAAAUGAAAUAGAAAAAGAAUUGGAAGAGGUAGAAAGGGAUCUCCUUAAAUAUAUGAUAUAACCAGUUGACAUAAUUUGUUUUAGAGAUUUAGCUAAAAAAUAAUUUAGAAAGGAACAAAGUUAAUAAUUUUAAAAUCUUCUUAAACUCAAAAAAGAAAAUAAGAAUAAGCAGCUAGAAAAAUAAAAAGCUAAGAACAUAUUUUAAAAGGCUCUUUAAAAAGAAAAAAUAAAGAAUGUUUUUAGUUGGUUAACAUCUAAAAUAAGAAGAAAAUCCUCUAUUUCUUCCACCAAUCGAAAUAUAUUGAGUGAAGAAUAAAUUUUAUAAAUUGAGGAGGAAGAAAAAGAAUAGCUUCUUUAAUAGGAAUUCAAUUCAUUAAUAGAAUCUUACACUGAAGGGCAGUCAUAAUCAAUAUCAAAAGAGCAAAUGAAAGGAUAAACUUACAUUAAAAAUAAGAUAUCAGUUGAAUUCAAAGAUGAUAUAAAGAUUUCGUUAAUGGGUGUUAAUACUAGCUCAAAAAGCAAUUAGAAUACGAAUAUAAAUAAUUUAGAGUAAGAAAGGGAAAAUUUUGUGAAUAGUAAUUAGAUUCCCAAUUUAAAGAAUAGUAAUUCUGGGAAGUUUUAAAGAAAUGAGUCAAAGGAAUUUAAUUAUGAGCUUCUUCACAUCAAAAUAAAAAUAUAAUAAUGCAUGAAGAUUGCAACUAACAUAAACACGAUGAUAAAAUUUGUUAUUAGUGAAUUUGACUGUCGUCACUCAAUUAAUUCUAAUGAAGACUAUAAAAAAACUCUUAGUAAUCUCGAUAGAGAAAAAAAUAUUCAUAAACCUUCACUCUCUCUUAAGAUAAUUACAUAAAAAAACAAAUAAACAAAUUAAGUGAGCUAUAGAUUUUCUUUAAAUAUUGCAAGUCAUAGAUUUGUUUUAACAGAUGUAUUUUUCUCAAGUAUCGCUUCUUUUUUUUCAAUGAAAUAAAAAUCGAGAUCAUUCUUGGAAGAUUUCAAUGUUAAAACUAAACAAGUUAAGCAAAAAAUAGAUUUGUAUUUAGCUUAAUAAAUUAGAAAAAUAUUUGGUCAUAAAAUAACUUUUGAUAAAGUCGAUGUUAAGUGUGGAAAGAUGCUGUUUAUUUUUCCUGAAAAGUUUUCAGAUACACAAAAGCCUUUAAUUGAAUUUGUGAUAAAAUCACUCUUUCUAUCAAAUAAAUAGAUAGAUAAAUAAAAUUUAAAGAAAAUAAUAUAAAAUGAUAGAAAAAAAUAUAAAGAUUAUAAUAGCUUACAAAUAAUGGACAGCUUUAUUCAACAAAACCUUAACAGCAAUAAUAAUCCUGAUAAUACUAUUUAUAAAUCUUUUCUGAAAGAAUCUGAUUUAAUGUACAGCAUAUAAAAUGGAUAGCAAUCAUGUUUUACAUACAAAACAGAUUAAUUUUAAAGUGUUUUAGAAAUUAAUCCAGCUUUUAACCAAACCAAAGAGGAUGAUUUUGAUGACCUUAAAUCUUUAGUUUAAGAAGGUUAAUCAGAUGGCGAAGACUCAGAUCAUGACUCAUACAAAAAUAAAGUUUAUAUAAAUCAUCAAGCAAUAAAUAACAACUUAGAAAGCAAAGAACCUGCUAAAAUUUUAACCAAAGAAGAAAAGGAAUAAAAAAUAAUUAGAAAGCUUCUUGAAAAUAAUUAUUUUUAAAACUUGAAGAAUUCUUAACUUAACGAGUCAAGAAUAGAAAAUCUUUAAAUCAAUUUUAUUGUAUCAAAAAUAUCAACGCGUUUUUGUCAAAAUGGUUUUAAUACAAAAAAAGACGAGAAAUAUAAAAUUUUAGAAGACUUUUAAAUUGAAACUUGCUUAAAGAGAGACUUUGAGCAUCAGUAAUUCGAAGAUAAAAUUGAUUUUGAUAAUAUUCUUCCAGUUAAAAGUAAAAGUUAAGAAAAUAAAUUAAAUGAAAUACCUGCUACUGUUGCUGCAUAAAAGUAAGAAAAAGAAAUAAAAAAUGAGAAAAAUAAAUUGCCUAAGAAAAGGCAAACUGUCUCUUUAGAUGAUUUUUAAGGUCAAAUGAUUACAGAGUAUUUUGAAAAAGACAAAUAUAUUUCAAAAGUUUAGCUAGCUGUUGAGAUGAAAAUUAACUUAAUUGGAAUCAAUAUUUAUUUAGAAACAAAUGAAUAGAUUAUCAAGAUAAUUACUCAAUAUAAUAAAAUUUUUACUAAAAAGGAAAAUAUUCAUAAUGAGCUAUCAAAUUUUGUCUAUUAACAAAAUUAAUAUUUUAACUAAGAUAAAAUUAUUGAUGAAGAAAAUCAUUUUGAGAAUAAUUCCAAUUUAAGCGAAUAGAAUUUUAAGAGUGUUCUUGGCUCUCCUUUGGAUUUAUUGCAGCAUCAAGAAAAUUAACAAUAAGUUUAAAAUAACAGACUCAACACUACAUAUUAAACUCUUAGGGAUGAAGAGUUUUUUGACGCUGUUGAAGAUUUCUCUCAGUUUUUUAAAUAGCAUUCAUAAAUAUUUUAACAUCCUCCUCUUAGUAAUAUAGAAAAAUCUCACUUAAAUGGAAAUUAUUUUUACGAAGGCUAAAAUAUUAAGCAAGAUAGAGGAUAUUUAAAUACAAACCAUAUUAAAUACAACAGUGAAGAAAUGAAAAAGAGAAUGGAGAUUAUACGUUUAGCACGUAACUAGAGUUAUAUAGGUUAAUUGCAUUCAUAAUAUUUAAGAUAAAAAAUGAUAAAAAAAUCUUCAAGCAGGUUCUUCUAGAGUGAAUAAAUUGGUGAAGGAUAUGAUGAGGAAGAAACAAAUAAAAAUAAAAUAAGUAAUAAUUAAUAAAUCAAAGACAUGCAUUAGGGUUAAUAAAGUGUAGAUGAAGAUAUUGAUGCUGAGUAAUUUGAGUAAUAGCUUAGUUUAAGAGAUUUGAUCACUUUAGAUUUCACAUUUAAUUUAGAUGAAUUCAGAAUUUAUGUUUUAUCAUCAAAGAAAUAACAUAGAAAGAAUAAAAAUCAAGACCAAGCACAAACAUUAGAGGUAGGUGAUAUUUAAGUAUAACUACCCAAGAAAACAUCUGCUUUGAUAGUUACAAAUGCUAGUAUUAAUAUUACCUUCAUGCCUAGUUUUAGUGGAAACAACUAAAAUUUUAAUAGUAAGAGCGACUUUACUAAUUCAAUGAUUAGUCUAGAAGAGCAACAGAAAAUGGAAAAUCAAUCAAUAAAACUUGAUUCGUAGUAAAAUAUUUAGUAAUAAAUACUUUUAACUUAAAAUAAAAACAAUCUGGUUAAAAGUGAAAAUUGCUUAGAAAAACUGUCUAGAAAAAAGAGCUUAGAUUUUAUUUUAGAUUAAACUACAAAUCAUGUGAUCAAAACACAAGUUGAAAUUGACUAAGUGUACAUAACAAUAUAUAAAAUAGACAAGAUUUUAUAAUUAUUUAAUAAUUAAAAUGAAAAUUAAGCUCUAAACAAAGCUAAAAAUUCAGAAAAAACAGAUAAGCAGCCAUAAUAAUAAAUUGAUUGUGGUAAAUCAGCAGAGUAAAAAGAUCAAAAGAUUUUAAGCAAUUUAAAAACUAUUUUGCUAAUUAAGGACAGCGAAAUAAAUAUAAAUUUUAUGUUAAAGAAAGGUAGUCUUAAGUUUUAAGACAGUAGAAAGCAGAUUAAGGAAUUUAAGGAAUUUGUCGAGUUGUCUGUUGAUGAUGUCAAACUUGAAACUGAUGAGAAUGUCCCUAUAAAAUUUGAUUUUUCAGAGCUAAGAUAUAUCGAAUAACUUGAAAGUAUCAUGAAUUAUGUUUAAUAUAAAAUCUAGCUAGGCUGGAGCUUUAAUGCAUCAUAUACCAACAUGUAUAAUAAACAAACAGAGCCUUUUGUAGAAGACAUGAAAAUUAACUUGGAACUCAUUUAGUAAAAUUACAAAAAAGAAAUUAUUUAUGAGUGUUAAAACGAUAUCCUAGUAAACUUUCAUCCUGCUCUUAUUGACAAUAUCUUCAUAUUGUAGCAAUCAUUUUUGAAAGUGAGUAAAAACAAAAAUAAAGAAAAGGGAUAAAACUAAAAGAAAGCAGAUAACUAAUAAAAUGAUUACUAAUAUGAGAUAUCUAAUUAAACUGGCAUAGCUUUCAGGAUAGAAUUCCCGAGAGGCACAAAAUUAAAAAGUAGAUAAUUGGGUAGCUUAAACCAAAAUUAUUAUGAGUUUUAAGCAAUAUAAAUAGAAGUUAAGCCAGAUGUUUAAUAUCUUAUUCAAUUUUUAAAUGAUCCAAAAUAUAAAAAUUAAAAAAUAUAAUAUAGCAGUCAUGAUAUUAAAGUUAUUAUUAAUAACUAAACUACAAUUAUAGAUUUAUUAUAAAGUAGUAGAGAUACUUAUAUUAAACUUAAUGGAGAUUCUAGUAUUGUCUGUCAGCCCAUCACAUAUAAUGAUAGAAAAAUAGUUUUUAGAUCUAACAUUAAGCUUACCAAUCUAACUCACUUUAACUUUAAUUUUUCAUUUUCUCAUAAGGAAGAAUCAUUUUUAUAAAAAGAAUCUAUUGAUUAACAAAGUAAUUAAAUUAAUAAUAAAGAAAAUAAUGUUCAAAUUUAAGUCAAAAAACUAAGUGAACAAUAUAUUCCUCUACAACUCUUUUAGUUGAAAUACCUUCAUGUCAAAGACCAAGAUAGAGAUAGUAAAAGCUAAUAAACACAUACACACUUUUUCAAGGAUAAUAUUUUUAAUUAUAUUCCAAUUAUGGUUUCAAUGGUGAUGCCUUCUGAUCCUAUAAAUAGCAGUCAAUCUAUUAACGAAGAAAAAUAGUAAAAUGAAGCUGCACGCCAAUCUUAUAUAAUUAUUAGAAGGUUAAGAAAUGAAAGCAAUAAUAUGCAUACUUAAAAAGCUGUAGCAAAUGGUUUUCAAAAUGUUUAAUUACUUUCUACUGAAUCAAGAGAAAUAUAAAUUGUUAUUUAGUAUCCUAUUCUUUUACAUAAUGUGAAUCCUUUACCUUUGGAUAUUUCAUUCUUAUAUCCUAACGAAUAUGAAAACUAUAUAAAUAAUAGAGGACCUUAGAUUCUUUUUUACAAAAAUCUUAUGAAAAUAAUCAAAGAUGAUAAAUAAUAGUAAAUUUAAGAUGAAAGCGAUCAUGAAGAAGAUCAUGAUGAUGAUGAUGAAGAUGCUCUUUGGAAAAAAUUAAAUUAUAACAAAUAUAAAAUGAGUCUAGAUAGUGGAUAAAGUACAUAUUUAUCUUCUUUUAAUAUCUUUUUAAUGUGUAAAGUCAGUGUUGAACUAUAAAGUUAUCAUUAGUUUAAACCGUUAGAGAUAUUUGAUUACAAAACUAUUAAAACUUACUGGGACUUUUUAAUGUCUUCAUAGAUAUACAUGGAGUAACAGUAUAAUAAAAUUAAUGGGGAAAAAUUAGAUUAUUCUAAUGAGCCAUUAAAUUAAAAAACAAAUUUUAAUAGAAAUAGUCCAAAUUACUCUAUCUUAGAAAAUUCAGAAUUCGAUUAAGAAUAGCAAUAAAAUUUCUUAAAGUCAAGCACAGCAUCUUAAUUUGUCAAUUAAUAAUAAUAAUAAUAAAACGAAAACUUUUCUUAACAAACACCCAACUAGCUUCAAAAUAAUCCAUUUUUAGAACCAAUAAUUAAAUAAAAAACUCUUCAGCUUCUUAACAAAGAAGGAAAAUAAAUGAAUUUAGUAUUUGACAUUAAAUAUUCAUAUGAAGGAAUGCUAGAAAUUACUUUAAAGUCACAAUAUUGGUUCCUUAACGAAACUGAAUUCGCUUUAAACUUGCAAAUCAAAGAAAACAGGUAUUUAUAUCCAAUAAUUUCUUUGCCUAGUAAAAAAGUUGAAAAAACAACCUAAUUUAAAGUUCCGAAUAGCUACAAUUCGAAUAUUAAUUAUAUUUAAGGAUCUUAGUCUGUUUAACAGACAUCAACUAACUUCAACUCUUCUUAAUAAUUAUUCCAGAGUAGCAAUAAAGAAAGAAAAGACUAAGUUGGAGGAUUUUAGUAAGAAAACAUUUAAAGUUCUCACAAGAAAUCUCCUAAAUAAAAUAAUAACUUCCUUUCUACAGAAAAGCUAAAAGACAAAAAAAAUUCCUUAGUAGGUCAUGAACAUAUCAAUAUUAGAUAAUUUGAUGACGGAAACACCUAACUUGAUCCAGAGAAAUAAUAAAAUGCAGACAAUUAAAAUGAGGAAACAGAUAUUAACUCAAUAAAAAGUUCAUAUUUUGGUAUAAAUUCAGAUAACUUUUCUAUUGCACAGAUAGAGCAGCUUUUUAAAACAUAAUCUCAAAAUAUUCAAAUAUUUACUGGUAAUUUUUCUUCAGAAAAGCAAUUCAGAUUUGAAAUCCCAUAAGACGAGAUAUAAUCUUUGUUAUAGGUCUAGCCAUACAAAGAUAAGAACAACGAAGAAAACACUAAUCAUGAUCAUGGCUUCACUACAAAUUUCAUGUAAUUACAAUAAAAGAAUGAAAAUCUCAGCUUUAGGCAUUUGAAAUACCUUUCUGUGAUGGCCAAUUAAGUUUCUCUCCCAGAAAAAUAUUAAGGGAUUAAGUUUUUUAUAUUAACUCCGAUAAUUAUUAUCAAGAAUUCAAGCAAUCAUUUUCUUUCUGUAAACCAGUUCAUUUCUUCUUAGCAGUCAAUUGAAAGUUCUCUCUCUCCUCAUUAGACUAGAUAGCUUAUAUAUGAUUAAAUUCACUAUCCUUUCAUUCAGCUCAAACCAGCUCACAAUUUUAGUCUAUGGUCAUAGAAAUUCCCAAUCAACAAGCCAUCUUAAUUUAUAAUAAAGAUCAAUCAUAUUAAUAAAUCCAACUCAUUUAUACUACUCAGAAUCACUAUUUCUAAAGAAUCCAGUCUAAAUUUGAUCACAAUAGAAGAUACAAAUGAAUAUCCUCCAUUUAAGAUAGUAAAUUUGACAAACGAAGAAUUGGCAGUAAGCUAAAAAAAUUUCCAAAGCCAAAGCUUAUUUGUGAAGAUGCAACAAGAUCCGAGAGAAAUAUAGAAUAACAUGAAUUAUGAUGAAAAGCUGAUAGAUCAUUUCUUAAAAGAUUUUAGUCCAUUUGGCUGGGAUGAUCCAUUUGGAGAAGAAACUAUUAUGAUCAGCACAAUGGAUUCUUUACUGUGCAAUUUAACUAAAAAAGAUUUUUAAGAAAAGAAUUACACAAAAGUGGUGAGAUUGAUAGAAGAUGAUAUUGUUAUUAAGGUAUUUUAGGAUAAGCAAUAUCCAAAGACUAAAGUCAUUAUGAUAUUGUACGAAAAGAAUCAAAAACUCUUUGAUGAAUACAAAUUUGAAGAAAAUAUUUAUUAGAAUCUAACUUUUCGUCUCAAUCUCAACAAAAUUGGCAUUUCUAUUGUUGACAGUCAUCCAAGGGAAAUAAUUUACUUUUAAAUGGAAUAAGUAUAAAUAAGUCUUAAAUAGUUGAAUAAAAGAUUUGAAGUCUUGAUUGAAGUUCAAGAUAUCUAAGGUGAUUAUCAAGCUGCAAAGCCUCUACCAACUCCAUUCCUUGUCACCAAAAAGAUUUAACAUAAAGAUAGGUCAGAGAAAUUAAAAAAAAUUAAGAAUACAGAGAACGAAGAAGCCUAAAAAUAAAAUAAAAUUGAUGUUUAGAAAUAGAAGGAAGCUAACUUCUUUUAGAAAAUAUAUUCAAAAAUAUCUAGUUUAUGGAGUAAACAAACUCUAAGUGUUCCUUUAAAUUAAUAAUAAGAUCUAAUUAAAUAAGAUCAUAAAAUUUACAACAAAGAAACUUUAAAAACAGAAUAAUGUUAGAAAGAAUUGAUUUUAGAUGAUAAAUCCAUUUUAAAUUAAUAAUAAGGUCUAAUUAAAUAAGAUCAUAAAAUUCACAACUUAGAAACUUUAAUAACAGAAUAAUGUUAGAAAGAAUUGAUUGUAGAUGAUAAAUCAAUUUCAUCUCAUAUAGAAGGAAAAAUACCAAACGCAUCUAUAAAUUUAGGAUGUAUUAUUUAUUAAAAAUUUACCAUUUUACAUAAUUAAAUAAAAAAAUAAAAAGAAAUGACACCUAAUAGAGAUACUUAGAAUUUAUCAGCUUAAUUAAUUAAUCCAAAAUUGCACCUUGAUUUAUAAAAUUUGAGAAAUCAAUAACAAAGAGAAAUGACGGAGGAAGAUAGAACGGUUACAUCUCAAAUGACAGGCACUGUAACUCCAGCUACUUUAACCUAGAGAAGUAAAGCUAUUUCAUAAUAUACAAGCACUACUACACUAAAAUAUCAGCAAGCAAAUAAAAAUUCGAAAUAUAAAAGCUUUUUUAAGCUAAAUUACAUUUAGCAAUAUUAUGAAAGCACUAAAAUAAAUCACGUUGAAAAAUUCAAAAUAGAAGUACAGCCCAUAGAAACAAAUAUCGAUGGAGGUCUAAUCCAUAGAUUGAUUUAAUUCAUUGAUGAAAUAAAAACUCUCUUGCAGGUAUUUUUCAAAUAUUUCAUUACAAUUUGCUUAUUUAAUAUAAUGUUAUGA